GUGUGUGUGUUUGUGUUUAUAAAACGGCCUUACGAGAAUCAACAAGAGUAAACUUCUCAAUAAAACCAAAAUCUCUUUCUUAACCCCCAACGAAAGAACCAAUGAGCCAGAGGAACAAGAACGGCCCUAAGCUCGAGCUGAAGCUUAACCUCUCGCCACCUCCUUCUCAAGCCAACCUGAUGAGCCUAGUUCGUUCUCCAAGCCGAUCCAACACAACUUCGCCAAGCUCAUGCGUUUCAUCUGAAACGUACCAGGAGGAGAUGGAGACAACAAUCUCAGUGGUACUUGUUGGUUGCCCUCGUUGCCUUAUGUACGUUAUGCUCUCUCAAGAUGACCCAAAAUGUCCAAAAUGCAAAAGCACCGUCCUACUUGAUUUCCUCAACCAAGACGCCUCCCCCGCUACAACUGCUCCUGCCGCCACCACUGAACGCAAUAAGACAUGGUGGAAUUUUUUUGUUUAAUCCAACCCUUUGUCCGAAAUAUAAACCUAUAGGCUAGUUGAUCCAACCGUACUUGUUUCUAUAUAUUUCUUUUGCUUCUUCUCGUGGUUGUUUGGUGUUAGAGUAGUGCUAAUCACGCUCCACGUUUAGACCAAACAUGAAGUGGAGCGCGAGUAGCACUAACUUUGCUUUUAAUGCGAUACGAAAUUAUUUGAGCAAAUUAUGUUCAGUAUGAUGAAAUAUUCACACUGUGUGUCUAUGUGCUUCUAAACCUUUGCACCUUGGAGAUUUGAAAGACUAAUGUCCUCUGUUUCUUAAAAAAAUUACAAACGGUGUUUCUUGAAUUAAUAAACUGUAAAAAGAAACAUUCGAGA